CAACAAACAACGAUUGCGUUGUUUGUUCUAAGAGAACAGAGGAAUGUGUGAGCAUACAAUUUCGAGCACCACGUAUUCCCGUCGAACUCCACCGCUCAGCACACUGUCUUUCACACUCCGAUGUCGGUACGACCUUAUCAGGGAGGACGUUUUGAGGAGCUUGGACAGGAAGAGGCACACACGAUCGAAACAUUCGAACGACGAGUUGGUGGUACACCACAUAGCGAGCCGCGAAGACAGUACUCCAGCCAAGAAUAUACCGAACGGCGUACAUAUGGACGAGACGAAAACGGUGAUGUGGUCGUUAAAAUCGAGAAGAAUCCGUCUGAGCCAAUUCGUCCGGUAUCACCAGUCCGUCCUGUCACUCCCGUAGGCGACCAUCGUCAUGGACAUCUCCUCAAACCAAUUCAACCAAUCAACAUUCCGCGAAUAGAUGUGCAUUCGGCGUCUCCCUCGAAUAGCCCACGUCAUAGAGGUAGUUCGCCACGAUCGCAGUAUGCCGCUUCCCCCUCACACAGUGCGAAUAUUUCUCCAAGAAGUAUCAGCUUUUCACCACGCAGCAAUUCAAGCAUUGGCUCUAAUGGUGUACCUAUGAAAAAGAUUAUAAAAAAAUCUCGCUGGGUUUCGAUACAUGACGGCCGUCCUGUGAGUCCAUACACCGAAACCAUUACAUAUGAGCCUGCUUUUCCGGACAGAUACAGCAGUGCGUCAGCUCGUUCUGGACGGUCAGGAGUGUCCUCGAAUUCGUUGUCACCACGCCUUCGUCGCGAAUCUGAUGGAUCGUGUGCGUAUAUCAUGCAAAACCCUCUCUAUCGUGACUGAUUCUAUUGUAUCUAUGACUCUCACUUUCACUACAUCAGAAUUAUCUUCUCUCACCGUUAUUUUCAUUUUGCUCCUCGGAUAUUUGGAUGUUAUAACCUGUGACAGCAGUUUCAUUUUUUGCAAGUAACAAAUAUGUGCCGAUUGUUUUGCUUUGAGUACGAUGCCUGGAUAGUGCGCAACUCUUUCAUUGAGUUCUCCAGGAUUUUGCAAAUUAGGUCAGUUCAUUAUCCACUGCUGUGAAUUUCUUUCCCUUCGUCCUCCAUUUUCGUUCCUAGAGAUGGCCGUGCAUUUGAUUGUUCAGCAUUUUCAUUCUGGUCUAUGUCUCCGCUUUGGCUUUUCUUCAUCAUGUUUUUGACUUGCUCAAAUAUGUACUCGCCCGUUCAACAAAAUAGAAUAAGAACCCUCUACAGAUAAUUUUCUAGGGGAAGGCAGAUUCCAGCUAGGUGGUUGAGCUUGGACCAAUUUUUUGAAAAUCA